AUCCAGGAUCUGCCCUGAACCCACUGGGCACAUACCUCAAACUGUGAAUCAGAACAGAAUGGCAAAGUCCAAAGAGAAUGGCCAGACUCACGCCAGGAUUGUUUGCACAUUUUUAAAAGUCAAUUCAAUUGAUUCAGAUACUUGAACUUUGGAAAAGUUCCCACAUUAAUUAUUUACAGGCUGAAAAAUAGAGCUGAAAAAGAGUGGGAUAUGAGAAGAGACUUAUCCUGCGGGGUCUGCAAAAAUGUCUGGAAAACCAGUUUGUGUUGGUGAUUUUGAACAGUAUGCCAAGAGAGUUCUUCCAAAAGCGGUGUACGACUAUUACCGAUCAGGAGCAGACAAUCAACAAACAUUAGCAGAUAAUGUAGCAGCAUUUUCAAGAUUGAGGCUGUACCCACGGAUGCUCAGGGAUGUGUCUGUCAUGGACCUGUCAACCUCUGUCUUGGGGCAGAAAAUCAGCAUGCCAAUAUGUGUUGGAGCAACUGCCAUGCAGCGCAUGGCUCACGCAGAUGGAGAAACCGCUACCGCCAGAGCUUGCAGGUCGCUGGGGACAGGGAUGAUGCUCAGCUCCUGGGCCACCUCCACCAUCGAAGAAGUUGCCCAGGCGGCUCCUGAUGGCCUUCACUGGCUGCAGCUUUAUAUCUACAAGGACCGGGAGGUCACCAGGUCACUCGUGCAGCGUGCUGAGAGAGCAGGCUACAAAGGAAUCUUUGUGACGGUGGACACGCCACUCCUUGGCAAGCGCUUUGACGAUGUCCGCAACAAAUUCCAGCUGCCCCCGCACCUCAGAAUGAAAAAUUUCAACACCGACGAUUUGGCAUUUUCCUCCGAGAAAGGCUACGGCGAAAAUAGCGGACUGGCUGUUUAUGUAGCCCAAGCCAUUGAUCCGUCCAUCAAGUGGGAGGAUAUUAAAUGGCUCAGAGGACUGACAUCUCUGCCGAUCAUCGCUAAAGGAAUUCUCCGAGCUGAUGAUGCUAGAGAAGCUGUGAAGCAGGGUGUAAAUGGGAUCCUGGUGUCAAACCAUGGUGCGCGCCAACUGGAUGGUGUGCCAGCAACUAUUGACGUCUUGCCGGAAAUUGUUGAGGCUGUGGAAGGGAAGGUGGAGGUGUUCCUGGAUGGUGGAGUGAGAAAAGGCACGGAUGUUCUCAAGGCAUUAGCUCUUGGUGCCACAGCGGUGUUCAUUGGAAGACCUAUCAUCUGGGGGUUGGCUUAUCAGGGUGAAGAAGGGGCAAAAGAAGUUCUCCAGAUGCUGAAGGAAGAAUUCCAGCUAGCAAUGGCACUUUCUGGAUGCCGGAGCGUGAAAGGGAUUGAUGCAUCAUUGGUCCGAAGAACUUCCCCUGCUGUGUCCAAGAUUUAGCACAAAAAAGGUGUGGCUCUGGACAAAGCCAUCCUAUUCACUGUGGCCAGGUUGUUCUGUUUGGGUCUCAUCAUGAAACCCUUACUUAGGAGAGUAGCCCUAUUGGUUUAUAGGGGGCUACUUCUGAAAGAAGUACAUG